AUGGGCUCAAUCGGUUUGGCUAUCGAGGUAGUCUACUACUGGAUGGAAACCAAUGGUAGAGAGCUUCUUAAACCCGACGUUGAAAUCUUAUUCAACGUCUUUGAGAGUAUUCAUUACGGCAGGCGAGUCCGUGCUCUAAGAUGGGGGCACAACUAUUAUUUCGAGGACCUUUUAGGUUCUUGUUCGAACGAGGGAGACCAUGAAGAUUGCCAAGAGUUCAUCAUAAUUGCAAAUAUGGCUAAUCUAGCCAUUUUGGCGGAUCCUUGGCAUCUCAACUUCCAAGAGAAAGAUGGCUGGAAACAACAGCAGAAGUAUUUUCGACUUGGAUUAACGACCGACACAAAUCUCGACGAACCUCGCAGCAUCAGCCAUAGCCCUAUCCAUUCUGCAUACCACUAUGUCUUGACUUUCCGUGACACUCAGAAUCUGCUACAUGCCAGUGCAGCCCUUUAUAGACUAUACGGAGGAGACUCCUGCAAUUUACCAUCCUCGUUCUGGGAGUCUAGGUUCUGGACUCAUGGUGAGACUGUAUUCGCGCGGUCAAUCCGCCAAUCGGAUUCAUGGAAAGAUUGGUUUUUUACUAUAAAGUCCGAACUAAAGGAAGGCCCAAACAAGAUGAAUUUACGGAAUCGAAAGAGAAUAUGGAGGCUUGGCGUUGAAUUGAUCAACCUAGUCCGCGCCAUCAAGGAGCCCGACCGCCUUCUAUAUGGCGAUAUUGACGCAAUAAUGCAAGGUCAGAUGCGAAGUUCUAUGGCAAGUGGUUUAGCCAAGAGAUUUGACUUUCAAGGUUGUCGAGAGUUGACGCAGAGGUUUGUACGUUUAGGCAAUAAGUCUCGACUUUGUGCCGUGAUACCAUCUUAUGUUCUUCUCUCAAAUCGCCAAUUGAUCUCCGGCCUUAGUUUUGUGUUCAGCAAUGGCAAAUAUGUUGAUGUGGGCUAUGUUGUAAGCAGACAGAGGGGCGGCUACUUCGAUUCGACAGCUGUACCGAAGUUUCUCUGGUUGGUUUCUAGCCAACUAGGAUUUGAGGCAAUUUCAAUUGACGCAUAUCCUCAACAAGUCCUUGAUGGCUUUACAUCUAAUCACGGAAACAAAGUAGCGGUGUCUAAGUGGAGUUUAGAAAACCUCAAGGGGGUUUAUCUUGGCCUCGAUGCUAUGCGGAUCGUGAGCAUUGGUAUAGACGUCGGGAAACAAGAUAGCCUUGACGAUGUUCUCUGGACCCCUCAUUGCACUUUAUCCACUCCCUCUAUCUCUAUGCACGAAGAUGAUAUGGCUGCUUUACAUAAAUUACAGAGAAAAUCAUUCGCUCCAGCUUCAAUUCACUGUGUGAACUCGGGAAAUGGGCAGCUCGUCGGGAUCAAAGUGUACAGUCCUCUAGGAUAUUGUGCUGGUAUUACAGGCAUUGGAUUUGUUUAUGAUACAGACUUCGAAAGCAUAUGGGGUUCUGCCGAUGAUGUUGCUUCACUAGUCUUUUUUCUCGAUAAGGCAGAACGACUAGUCACGGUAACGGUCUAUAAGAUCGGUUCUUUGGUUUGUCACUUGCAGUUUACCACCGACCUUAAUAGGACGAGCAGUCCCUUCCCUCAACUACCGAUAAAUCCAGACGUAUCGUUCGAGUGCGUCAAAUAUGAGGCUUUGCAUGAUGGAGAUAUUACCGGGUUCUGCGGCUGCUUUGUGGGUUCAUCUAAACAGCUCAACUGCUUUGGAGUCAUACCAGAAAUCAUGGCAGUCUCAUCUAAGUCGGCUUGGGUACCCCCAAAGGUCUAUGCAUCCAUCUCGCCGUCUAAAAGCCAACUCCCAGACAUGCCUCUGGGUGAUAUCAGAAAUCAUGGCCAGCACCAGUCUCGCAUAUUACUAGGGAAGAAGUACCAGUCGGUCCAAGCAUCUAUCAAUCCAGUCGAAUCGAACUAUCGGCGUGCCGGGCAGGUUACCGGUCUCCUCUUUCGCACAACCGCCGACCAGAGUCACCCUGAGCUGCUUGGCCAAUGGACAGGAGCCGGCGACACGUACUACCUUAAUGAAGGUGAGCAAAUUGUUGAUUUAGAGGUGACAACGGCCAAACCUAUCCGCAAGCAAAUGUCGCGGCGUAGGCUAUCACAAGUCAAAAAUAUAACUAUAGUGACAAACCAGAGGAGGGUUAAGUGGGAUCUAGCCGGAACAUUGAUUUGGGGAGGAGGAUGUGUAGUAGACAUGAAUCAAGGCACGCAUAGCGUGACAGAGAUUCUUUGGGAGUUUAACGCUAUGUUUGACCGGGUACAGUGUACAGUACUAGACCACUCCUAA